AUGGAGAAUCCAGCGUUUGAGAAGUCUAAAGAUGAUCCUCCGCUUUACGAGGAGGCAUCAUUUUCUGGUGCUAAUGGUUAUGGAAACAUGGAGCACCGCUCCAUCAGGCCAUCAGUGGUGAGUGCAUUUGGCCACAACACACUGGACCGAGCGCCCCACAUCGACUUUUACCGGAACGCUGGGAGUAUGAGUGGACACCGAGCCAUCAGACCGUCGCUGCAGGAGCUUCAUCAGGUCUUCCACAAGAAUGGAGAUGUGGAUAUCCCAGACACACUGGUUGACAGUGAAGGGAGCGAUGUUUUAGCAAGUGAUGAUCUUGAAGCUCCGCUACCUCCAGAAAACACAGGGGGAGUGGUUAAAUUUGGCUGGAUUAAAGGAGUCCUGGUGAGAUGUAUGCUGAAUAUUUGGGGUGUGAUGCUUUUCAUUCGUCUCUCAUGGGUCGUUGGGCAAGCAGGAUCAGGUUUGGCGACUGUGAUAAUUUUACUCAGUAUGGUGGUCACCAUGAUCACCGGUUUGUCCAUGUCAGCCAUCUGCACUAAUGGAGUUGUACGAGGAGGAGGAGCAUACUAUCUGAUCUCACGCAGUCUGGGUCCGGAGUUCGGCGGUUCGAUUGGGCUGAUCUUUGCUUUUGCUAACGCCGUAGCUGUAGCGAUGUAUGUGGUGGGGUUUGCUGAGACCGUCGUGGAUCUGCUCAAGGAGCAUAACGCCCUCAUGGUGGACGAAGUAAACGAUAUCAGAAUCGUCGGCUGCAUCACUGUGCUGCUGCUGCUUGGGAUUUCAGUAGCUGGGAUGGAGUGGGAGGCCAAGGCUCAGAUUGUGUUGUUGGUGAUUCUGCUGGUUGCAAUAGUCAAUGUGUUUGUGGGGACAGUGCUUCCUCCUACCGAGGACAAAAAAAACAAAGGCUUCUUCAGUUACCAUGAGUCCAUCUUCGCAGAGAACUUUCCUCCAAACUUCCAAGAUGGGGAAACGUUUUUCUCCGUCUUUGCCAUCUUCUUCCCGGCAGCGACAGGAAUUCUAGCAGGAGCGAACAUCUCUGGAGAUCUGAAGGAUCCUCAGAGUGCGCUUCCUGUUGGCACACUGCUGGCCAUCAUCAUUACAGGAGUCACGUACCUUGCCCUUGCAGUGUGUGUGUCUGGUACUGUUGUGCGAGAAGCCACAGGUGUAAAUGGCACCACUGCUCCAAACACCAGCUGCAGUUUCUCAGCUGCCUGCAGUUUUGGCUAUGACUUCUCCAAAUGUGCAUACACCAAUUGCCAAUACGGCCUGAUGAACAACUUCCAGGUGAUGACGAUGGUGUCUGGGUUCGGACCCCUCAUCAUCGCAGGAACGUUCUCCGCUACCCUCUCUUCUGCACUUGCAUCCCUUGUCAGUGCUCCAAAAGUCUUCCAGGCUCUCUGUAAGGACAACAUCUACAAAGUGCUGCAUUUCUUCGCUAAAGGUCAUGGUAAAAAUAACGAACCCAUCCGAGGCUACCUGCUCACCUUCCUCAUCGCUGUGGCCUUCAUCCUCAUUGCUAAUUUGAACGUCAUCGCUCCCAUCAUCUCUAACUUUUUCCUGGCCUCCUACGCCCUCAUUAACUUCUCCUGUUUCCAUGCCUCCUACGCUAAAUCCCCAGGCUGGAGGCCAGGAUAUAAGUACUACAACAUGUGGUUGUCUCUGUUUGGGGCUGUCUUGUGUUGCGCUGUGAUGUUUGUCAUUAACUGGUGGGCUGCACUUCUCACAUAUGCCAUAGAGAUAUUCCUGUACGUCUUUGUCACGGUCAAAAAGCCAGAUGUGAACUGGGGCUCUUCAACGCAGGCUGUGACGUUUGUGAACGCUGUUAACAAUGCGCUGACUUUAUCAGGAGUGAAUGAACACAUUAAGAACUUCAGACCUCAGUGCCUGGUGCUGACUGGACCUCCUAAAACCCGUCCGGCUCUACUGGACCUCGCUCACUCCUUCACUAAAAACUUUGGGCUCUGCAUCACCUGUGACAUAUUUGUGGGUCCUCCGACAGAGCGGCAGCAGGAGGUCAGUGUCUGUAUGGAACAGAAUCAGCUGUGGCUCAAUCAGCAGAAGAGGAAAGCAUUUUAUACCACUCUAUCGGCUGAGAGCUUCCGCGAUGGUGCACAGAGUCUGUUACGGGCAUCAGGAUUGGGGAAACUGAGGCCAAACACGAUGAUGUUGGGGUUUAAGAGAGACUGGAAGACGGCAAACACUGAUGAUAUACAGAUAUAUGUUGGAGUUCUGCAUGAUGCAUUUGAUUUUGAAUAUGGAGCAGUGAUUCUAAGAAUCAGUCAGGGACUGGACAUCUCAGACAUCCUCACAGCUGAAGAGGAGAUGGAGCGGGUGCUCCUGGAGCAGCAGGUGUUGGAGAUGGAGGAGAAUGGCUCUCCGGAAGGAGAUAAAGGAUUUUUCAAAAGAUACAGAAAGUCAAAGAAAGCGCAGGCUCCGAAAGCUGUAGAAGUGCCCCAGACAUCUGAUGUUUUGAAGAUAAACCAACGUUUAAUGGAGGCCAGCUCUCAGUUUAAGAAGAAGCAGGGGAAAGGAACCAUCGAUGUGUGGUGGUUAUUUGAUGAUGGAGGUCUGACUCUGUUACUGCCCUACAUACUGACCACAAGAAAGAAGUGGAGAGACUGUAAACUGCGUAUCUUCAUCGCAGGACAACCGGAGCGUAUGGAGCAGGACAAGGAAGAAAUGCAGAAUCUGCUGAAAAAAUUCAGGAUCAAAUGCAUGGACAUCACCAUCAUCACAGACCUCCACAUCAAACCCACUUCAGAAAACUGGAAGAUGUUUGAGGACAUGAUUGCACCAUUCCGGCUGUAUGAGCGCUCUAAGGAUUCAACUCAGGUUGAAGCUCUGAGGAAGGAGAAUCCCUGGAAGAUCACUGAUGCUGAGCUGGACCGCUUUGAGGAGAAGACGAGUCUUCAGGUGCGUCUGAAUGAGUUAUUGCAGGAGAGCUCCAGAGCAGCUAAACUCAUCAUAGUGAGCAUGCCCAUUGCACGUAAAGGCUCUGUAUCUGAUCACCUUUACAUGUCGUGGUUGGAGGCUCUAACUAAAAACUUGCCUCCCACUCUGCUGGUGCGUGGAAACCACAAGAGUGUCCUCACCUUCUACUCUUAA